AUGAAACAUGGUUUUUGCAGAUUAUCUCAACUUCAAACCUUAACCAAAAAAAUCCACCCUAUAACUUUUAAAUCUAACCACACUUCUGCACACGAAUAUGCUCCUAAAUCAGAAACCUCUCAUUCAUUUCGCAAUGCUCAUGAUGUGUUCGAUAAAAUACCCGACUUGGAUGUUGUAUCAGCAACAAUCAUAAUUGGUCAGUUUGCUAGGCGGCAUCAAUACAAAGAAGUGAUACAGCUCUUCUCUAGAAUGCUUUUUUUGAAUAUUACGCCCAAUGAGUUCACAUUUAGCACUGUUAUUCACUCCUCAACUUCACUAGGAGACCUUAACUUAGGGAGGCAAUUUCAUUCUUGUGCCAUGAAGAUAGGCCUUAAUUCUAUAGUCUUUGUGGGCAGUGCAGUCUUAGAUUUUUAUGCCAAGUUGGGUUCUAUUGAAGAAGCUCAAAGAGCUUUUGAAGAAAUACAAAAUCCUAAUGUUGUCUCUUACACUACAUUGAUACAUGGGUACCUUAAGAAAGGUGGGGUUGAGAAGGCUUUCAAGCUUUUUAAACAGAUGCCAGAGAGAAAUGUUGUGUCUUGGAAUGCGAUGAUUGGUGGGUUUAGCCAGAUGGGUCAGAAUGAAGAGGCUGUAAAUCUUUUUGUUGAGAUGAUUAGAGAAGGGUUGGUGCCUAGUCAAUCUACAUUUCCUUGUGCUAUUAUUGCUGCUGCUAAUAUAGCAGCACUUGAAAUGGGCAAAAGUUUUCAUGCUUGUGCUGUUAAGACGUUGGGUGAGUUUAGUGUGUUUGUUGGCAAUUCUCUAAUUAGCUUUUAUGCAAAAUGCGGAAGCAUGGAAGAUAGUCUCCGUCUUUUCCAUGAACUUCCUGAAAGGAGUAUCGUCUCUUGGAAUGCAGUGAUUUGUGGCUUUGCACAGAAUGGGAGAGGAGAGGAUGCUGUGAACUUCUACGAAAGAAUGAGGAACGCCAGUCUUAGACCCAAUAGUGUUACCCUACUUGGCUUGUUAUGGGCUUGUAAUCAUGCUGGUCUUGUCAAGAGGGGGUAUUCGUAUUUUGAUCGUGCAAGGCUCGAAAACCCCAGCAUUUUAAAACCUAAACAUUAUGCUUGUAUGGUUGAUUUACUGUCUCGCUGUGGAUGUUUCAAAGAAGCUCGGGAGUUUUUGGAUGACUUGCCUUUUAAGCCGGGAAUUGGGUUUUGGAAGGCAUUGCUUGGGGGCUGCCAGAUACAUUCAAAUAUGGAACUGGGUGAAAUAGCAGCGCGAAAUAUCCUAGAUUUAGAUCCCGAAGAUGUAUCAUCAUAUGUCAUGCUGUCGAAUGCACACUCUGCUGCUGGUAGAUGGCAGGAUGCGUCAAUAAUUAGGCAAGAGAUGAAGGAGAAGGGAUUGAAAACAACUCCCGGUUCCAGUUGGAUCGAAGUAAGAAGAAAAGUUCAUGUCUUUGUCAACUGGGACAUGAGUCAUCACCAAAAGGAUGAUAUUUAUAGCGUCUUGAGGUUCCUAUAUUGGGAAUUUGACGGUGAAAUUGAAAUUUCCGAUUUUUUUUUUACCAGAGUAAUAAAUGGCUCUCAUUGUUGA